AUGGAGAUGGAAAACUGCACCAGGGUAAAAGAAUUUAUUUUCCUUGGCCUAUCCCAGAAUCAAGGAGUGAGCUUGGCCUUAUUUCUUUUCCUGCUUUUGGUGUAUGUAACAACUCUGUUGGGAAACCUCCUCAUCAUGGUCACUGUGACCUGUGAAUCUCGCCUUCACACCCCCAUGUAUUUUUUGCUCCGCAAUUUAUCUAUUGCCGAUAUCUGCUUUUCUUCCAUCACAGCUCCCAAAGUUCUGGUAGAUCUCCUGUCUGAGAGAAAGACCAUCUCCUUCCAUGAGUGCUUCACUCAGAUGUUCUUCUUCCACCUUAUUGGAGGGGUGGAUGUCUUUUCUCUAUCAGUGAUGGCAUUAGAUCGAUACGUGGCCAUCUCUAAGCCACUGCACUAUGUUACCAUCAUGAGUAGAGGCCGUUGCAUUGGGUUAAUAGUGGCUGCCUGGGUGGGGGGCUUUGUCCACUCCACUGUGCAGAUUUCCCUGUUGCUCCCACUCCCCUUCUGUGGACCCAAUGUUCUUGACACUUUCUACUGUGAUGUCCCUCAGGUCCUCAAACUUGCCUGUACAGACAUUUUCAUACUUGAACAGUUGAUGAUUUCCAACAAUGGACUACUCACCACACUAUGGUUUUUUUUGCUCCUGGUAUCCUAUAUGGUAAUAUUGUUAUUACUAAGGUCCCAGGCAGGCGAGGGCAGGAGGAAAGCCAUCUCCACCUGCACCUCCCACAUCACUGUGGUGACCCUGCAUUUUGUGCCCUGCAUCUAUGUCUAUGCCCGGCCCUUCACUGCCCUCCCCACAGAUAAGGCCAUUUCUGUCACCUUCACUGUCAUCUCUCCUCUACUGAACCCCUUGAUUUACACCCUGAGGAAUCAGGAGAUGAAAUCAGCCAUGCAGAGACUGACAAGAAGACUGGUGCCUUCUGACAGGAGCAGACUGAUACUUCCCUCCUCACAUGACCUUUAA